AUGUUUCAUGUAGUAAAAGAAGCAAUAUUAACACAUGGAAAUCCAUCUUGUUUUUCAAAAAAUUUAUCUACAUUUUUUAAUGAAGAUGAAAAUGAAACAUUAGGAUGUGUUGUUAGUAAAAAUGUUGUUCAGGUAAUUAAAUGGGAUGAAAAUGAUGAGAUGACUUUAUAUGAUCCAAUUUGUGUUAAAAAAAAUGCUGUAGAUAAAAAUAUUAUUGUAACACAAGCAGCUCUUGUUUUUCCAGAUUCAAGAAAUUCUCCUGUUGUAGUUGUUUGUACCUGCCAAAGUAUUAUUAUUUAUGAUGCUAAAAAUGGAAAAAGUAUGUUAACUACAGCAUUACCUGAAGGUAAUGAAGAAUUUUCAAAAUACAGUUUUGGAAAAGGAAUAACAUAUACAGAUAAUAAUAUAUAUGUUGGAACAGAUAAAGGAGAUAUUAUUUAUAUUUACUGUUCCAGUGAUUCAUCAUUUUCUGUUAAAAAAUCUAUUAUAGAACAUAGACAUCCAAUAAUGGAUUUAGCAACAUGCAAAUUUGAUCUUUUAACAGUUUCUUGUGAUACUUCAGGAUUAGUUUGUGUAUGGACAAAAAAUUUUAAAUCUCAAAAAUGUAAAAUAUUAACAAAUUUAAAGAUAAAUGUUAUUAAUAUUUUAAGAAAACAUGUUAUUUGUGGAACAUUUUCAGGACAAUGUUUUUUUUAUUCUAUCUUUACUGGAGAAUUAAAAGCAGAAGUUAACUGUAAUUGCAGAGCAAUUAAUGCUAUAUCAGUUGCACCUGAGUCAGCAUAUAUAUUAAUAGCUGGUGAAGAUGGUGUAAUGACUGUCUGGAAAUUACAUACAAGAAAACCAGAACCAUUUCAAGUUGAAUGGCGAUAUAAUGAAAUAGUUGAAAAUUCUAUAAUUGUUGGAGCUGAUUUUGCUAAUGGAAGAGGAAAUGUUUUUGUUGUGGCUUGUUAUGAUGAUCCAAAAAUAAGAUUGUUUCGUAUUGCCAAAAAACAGCCACCAAUUGUUAAAAGCAAAUAA